AUGUCAGACGAACACCACAAGUCUGAACUAAUCUCACUCGUUGAAGAACUAAUGGCAGAUAUUGAUUCCAAACCAUUACAUCCAAAAAAUAAAAUCCUCCUCUACAGUCGAUAUCUUCUGUCAAAAUUAUCCUGGCAUUUUACAGUUUCUAGCGUAUCGAAAACGUGGGUCACCGAAAACAUUGAUUCCAAAGUCAACAGUUAUAUCCGUAAAUGGCUUGAUAUACUUAUAUCUGGAACGCUAAGCACUGUUUUCCUAACCCGCAACAAGUUUGGCCUCAGUAUUUGUCCCCCAUCUGUCAAAUUUAUUCAAUGUCAAACUGUUCUCCGUAAAGCCCUAAAAACAUCCCCAAACGAAGCAAUUAACGAUCUUUGGAAAGCAACUAGCAACAGCAAAAAUAUUCAGUAUGACGUUUAUAACUCCACUAAGCAAGUUCUUAAGGACUUUCGCUCUGGACAAGAGGAUAAACUGCAUACUCAAUUAAUCUGUCAAGGCUCUUUCUUCACUAAUAUAACAAAGUUCUCACUGUCCCAACUCACUAAAAUUUGGUCUGCGUGCCAAUCGAACCUUCCGAAAAAUAUAUUCAACUUUACAGUUCGAUACAUCAAUAACUCCCUUCCAACGCGCCAAAACCUUGCAAGAUGGGGUUUAUCACCGACUUCAGACUGUUCGCGAUGUCUAGCUCCUGAAACACUUCUGCACGUAGUAGCUGGUUGCCAAUCGUAUCUAGAACGAUUCACGUGGAGACAUGACUCCGUUCUAAACUUUCUCGCAACAAGCCUGCAGACCGUAAGCGGCUCACAUCUUUACGUGGAUCUCCCAGGGUACAAAAGUCCAUCAAUCAUCACAGGUGACACCUACCGUCCAGAUUUGCUUCUUUCAACCUCAACCGGAAGACUCUAUAUUGUUGAACUUACAGUUGGCUUCGAAUCAAAUCUUCAAAAAAACGUUGAGCGUAAAAAAUCAAAAUAUAAAGAAUUAAUUAGGGAACAAAAUGAACAUUUCAACUCAGUAAAAUUUGUAAAUCUUUCGAUUAGUUCUCUUGGUGUUUUCAGUAAAGAAUGUUCUACUUUCAUAGAAAUGCUUAAUGAUUUUGGUUUUCAAAAGCAACAUCAGAAUUACUGUAUUAGAAGAAUGACGACGAUUGCAAUCCGAACAACGUAUUAUAUAUUUUGUUGUCGAAACAAGGAAUGGAUGAAUCCGGAACUGUUAAGUGUUUAAACGUUGUACUGUCAUUUUGUUAUUUUAAUAGUAUAAUUUUUGUGUAUAUAAUCAGUGAUUUAAGUAGCCAGUUGUAAAUUACCUUAAAUAAGUGAGAUUUGCAAUUGUAUAUAUAAGCUAAAUAUCCAUUUAAUAAAGUUUUCAUAAUAUUAUAUAUUUAUUAAUUCUCCAAACAUUCGGUUUUUCAGAUUAAUUUACAUGUACGACUAUAUCUAAAUUAUUCUAUUAUAUAUUUAUUGUCUAAAAUCGAUAGUAAGAUAAAUUCAUUAAGAUUCUAAGAGAAAAUGCUCAAGCAAAUAGUUAUAAAAAUUUAUUUUAAAAUCUUUACAACUAUCAUGCUCAAUAAUAUUACUAGGUAUAGGGAGUUCCACAGGGAUACUGCUCGGUAUUCAAAUGUUCGUUGUCCGGCCGCCGAUCUAUAAGCUUGAAUGUUUAUAUUUUUUGUUUAUUUCUGGUGUUUCUAUCGUGCAAAGAUGAUCUCUCCUGAAAAUAUGAAUUGAGAUAGUUGUAUAGAGAUAUUUGUUUAAUUUAUAUUUCUUUAUAUAUUUUAAAUGUUAGAAGAGUUAACACUGGGAAAAUAAUUGAAAAUCCAUAUAUAGAAGGUCAUAGACUGGAAAUUGCAUGGGCCUUUAUUGGAAAUAGAAUGGAUUUUGGUUAUCCAUAAUAAUUGUAAAAUAUUUCCAUAGUAUCGAAAUAGUAUGGUCUGGAUAUACUAUGGAAUUAGUGGUGCAAUUGCAAAUUUCGUAGUAUGGAUUUCAUUUUUUUUUCCCAGUGUUUAGUCUACCCGUUUUCAGUAUUUUCUUGCUUGUUUCACUUAUCUCGAUCGAAUAAUUGUAAAUUGGCGAUGGUGUUUGUUUUGAAUAAUAACAUUUAAAUUGUUCGCCAUUGUUUAAUUCCUGCGCAUUUUGGACAAACCCUCUGACUAGAAACAGAGUAGUUUUUACAGCUUAUAUUUUGCUAAUAUACUAUUCCUUGCUGUCUUUGUUGUUGCAGUUAAAAGAAAUUCUUAUCCGCACAAUCCGAGCCUGGGUUGCUUUAUUUGACGAGAAGCACGCGGAUCAACUGCCAAAAUUUAAACUUGAGCUUAUCCUGGAUGAUGAUGACCACAUGCAGUUUUAUCCAGUAUUAAGCGAUGUUCAAGCAGCAGUCUUUCAUGUCGUCGAUACUGUGGCAAACACGAUGCAAAACGUUUCCACAGUUCAGGUAAUAUUGAAAUCUUAAUUCGUGCACUGCUGAAAAUACCUUAGUUCGGAAAGGUAUCUUCGGUUAACUACUUUUACCAAUAAUGGACAUGGUGCAUCUUUUUUUCUUCUUUUUUUACAAACUUAGUCAUAAAUGGCAGGUUAACCCUUCAGUGAGCUUAUUGCUCCAUUUACUGUGUCCCUAAUAAUAUGUAUAUAUAUAACCCCCCCCCAAAAAAAAACCCCCAAACCAUUACAUUAUUUACAACACAUUUUAUCCACAAGACUGGACAACGGACGACACGAGUGACACUUGACACAUAUACUUUUAAAUGUUUGUGGAUCAUUAUUGUCAUAUAUUUGUUUAGUCAUUGCUUCAUAAUAAGUUAACAGGCAGGAUUUGAAUUGGCCGACAGUAACGCUUGCUUCUCGAAUAUGUGGUGGUAGGGGGUUAUAUAUUCUGGGAGCUCUAUUAUAAAAACUGUUCUGAAAAGUUAAAGUGUUAACUCUGGAAAUUUUUAAUGUUACACUGUUAGUUGUAGCGCGCCUGGUGAUACGAUCGUUUGAUACUAUACUAAUCUGAGAGUCAUUCAAUUUAAUUGCCUUAAAGAGAUACCUCAAGUCCAGGUACUCGUGCCAGUAUAAGACAGAGGAAGUAAACCUGUUUUCAAUAGUCUGUCCUGGUAACUAGUUUCAUAUCUAAACGGCAGUUUAGAUCUAGUUUCACAUCUUCAACGCUUUUGAACGCUCAACUGAUUUCUGCAUGUCCAACUCUUUUGAACGCUAAUCUGGUUUGUGCAUGUAAAGCUCAAUUAAAGACUUUGAACACUAAACUGCAUGAUGUGUGCAUCUUCAGUACGUUUGAACGCUAAAUGAUUUAUGCAUGUUCAACCCUUUUAAAGAACAUUAAAAUAAUUUGUGCUUCUUCAACUCGUUUGAACGGUAAAUUGAUUAGUGCAUCUUCAACGCUUUUGAAGACUAAACUAAUUUGUGCCUGUCCAAUGCUUGUUUGUGCAUCUUCAAUGCUUUUUAACACUAAACUGAUUUGUGAAUCUUCAAUGCUUUUGAACAGUGAACUGAUUUGUGCAUGUUGAAUGCUUUUAAACACUGAACUGAUUUGUGCAUGUUCAACUUUAAACUGAUUUGUGCAUCUUCAACCUUUUUGAGCACCAAACUGAUAUAUGCAUCUUGAAUUGAACAUGAAACAGAUUUGUGCCUGUUCAUGCACGCUUUUGAACACUAAACUGAUUUGUGCAUCUUCAGCUUAUUUGAACGCGAAACUGAUUUGUGCAUCUUGAAGACUUUUUAGCAUGAUACUGAUUUGUGCAUCUUCAACGUUUUUGAACACUAAACUCAUUUGUGCAUGUUCAACACUUUUAAACACUAAACUGUUUUGUGCAUGUUCAAUGCUUUUGAACUAAUGUUAUUGGAGAUAUUUUUAAAUAUACUGAUUCGAUAUUUGGAACUGUACCUUACUUUACUGUAUUCUGUACCACACUAAGGUCUACACUGUGUACUACUACUAUACAUGCAGCAUAGUGUACAUGGAAAUAGUUCCAUGGAAAUAGUUUCAUUUUACAAACUCAUCAGACUAAUAUUCUUUUGUAUUUCGUCUGUUUUUAACUCCUCCGUAAUAACCUUCAAUCUAAAAGCAGGCGGUAGUAUUUGAUUUAAUCUCCGGCGAAUUACGGGGUUGAAGGUUAUUAUCGGAAAAAUAAUAACCGGGUACCGUAAUAACCUGUUAACCGGUUAUUAUUUUUUCGUAAUAACCUGGUACCCGGUUAUUAGAAAAAAUAAUAACCGGUUACCCGGUUUUAUAUUUUCAAUUCAAGACCUGGCGCAUGAGUCUUGAAUACGGGACUUGAAUUUGCAGAAAAACUCAAGACCACAUCUCCUUUUCGACUAGAAAACGCUGCACGUCUCUAAGUCGAGAAAGAGACAACAGCCGUUUACCUCAGGGCCCGUCAAAACUCUACCAUUAGGUAAGAGUAUCUAUCAUUCGGCGCACGAGGACUAGCUGGAUCAACCAUCAAACUUGCUUUUGCAGGGAAUUUAUACAGUAAUAUCUUAUAGCUCUUUCGCUUGUGGGACGUGACAUGAUAUACUGCGCAUGCUUAACCACAUUUUAAAGCGUGACACCUUAUUUCGUCCCACAACCGUAACCUAUCAUUGAAUUGAUAGCUUGAAUAUUUAAUGAAGAAAACCUCCAAAAUACAAAAGAAUAUGGUCUGAUGAGUAUAUAAACAAGUUAAAAGCCGCGGAUAUCGGUUUUUAUUAAACUGUAAAUACCUCGGGCCUUCGGCCCUCGGUCUUCACAGUUUAAUAAAAACCUCUCCCUUGGCUUUUAACCUACAUAUAAUAUAAUAUAAUUAUGAUUGCCUAUAUGUUUAUUUCUUUUAUUGACCAUCAAUUUUAGUCUUGGUUAUCUGGUAGUAAUACCACCACGCCCAUAGAUGCAAAGGUCGACGGAGUUGUUCUUGGGGAGUGCAAGAAGUUCUUAGGCGAAGCAGUUAACAAAAACCUGGAGCAACCGAUAGAGUAUUUAUCCAGAUUUGGUAGGUUUUCGCUAAACUUUCAUAUCACACUAUUCAUUAUUUGCAUGCACCACGACACGCAAUUCGGUUUGGGAUAGCUGUGUUUAACACACCUUAAGGUGUGUUAAACACACCUAAAGCUGUGUUACAAAACACGCCAUGUGUUAAACACACCUUAAGGUAGUGUUUGAAAACACUAGUGAAUGGUUGCAUUGCCUUUCCGUUUGUAUACGCGUUGGGAGCAACGGCCAUAAUAUAUCAUUUAUUGAGUAGGAAAUACAAAGGCGAAAGUAAAAUGUUGCGCCGGGAGAAGUGUUUGGUAAAGCUUCGCGGUCUGGGACAUGACAUAUUGUAUGAAAUCUUUCGUAUGUGAAUUUUCUUGUGUUCUAGUAAAUAUUAUAUAGAAAAGCUGUGCAUGGUGCUUUCUUUCGUUGUCAAAUUAUAGCAAUCGGCCAACACUCGGAAUCUUUCCCCGACCAUCUGCACGUGCAAAUGGAAAGGUUAAUUCUUUUCUUCAUUUCUUUCUCAGAUGAAUUUAAGAUGCUUGUGUCUGGAGAAGCAAAAGCUAGUGUUGAAAAAUUCCUCGAAGAUGAGCACACAUUUGAAGAAUACACAAAUGUUCGUAACAUUAAUUACAAUUAUUGUUUUUGUGUUAUAUAGGGGGUAGUCAUGCACGUGCUAUUGCCCUGUUCAUUGCACAGUGAUCAAUUUCAGAUGACUGUGAAGUGUGAAUGUAGACAUUUCUAGGACUUGAUGAGUUUUCACUAUAUAAAGUAUAUGCUUGUGCACCAGGCUUGUAUUUAUGCGGCAAGUACAGACCAUAAGAUCAGACUAACAUCUGCAUUUGUGCCUUUCACUAACUUUGGAUAUUAAAACUGAACUUGCACGCGGUUGAAACAAUGCUAAAGUUGGCUGAAAUCAUGCCUGAAAUCUUGUUUACGGUAUAUUUGUAAAAAUCUAUAGUUUCAGUUUGACUUCACAUUCAAAGUGAGUGCAUUCAAUAUUUAAUUUAUUUCAUUUGUGAUGUUUGCAUUUUCUGUUGCAGGAGAUCCAAAUGUAUCGCAAUCUUGCUCGUCAAGUAUCGACGUUGCCAAAUAUUGCUUCAUUCAACAUGGUAGAACUUGAUUGCGACGAUCUGAAAAGAGGACUAGCGUCUAAAUCUCACAGCUUUGCUGAACAGUUACUUACUCGUCUUGCAACUGAUCACAGAAAUGAGAACAUAAGGUAACGUAACGGUACCUCUAUCAUCUUACGCUUUCUAAUCUUAUGCUUUCUAAUAUACACUGUGUUCUGUAAGUGUGUCCUUUGUUACAUGAUUGCAUUCCCGUGGAUAACCAAUCUUUGCUCGCCGUACCGUAGGCCCUAAAAGAAUCGUGAGAAGUUGGAUUAAGACACCAUAUCUCUCACCACGAUUCGCAAGAGUAGCAGCAAUAAUUUUUUGGCGUAGGAGUUACUAUUUGAAAGUGAUUGGGCAGCAAAAAUAUUUCUACCCAGGGGAUGUGGUUUUUGACCAUGGUAUAUAAGCCUGAACAUGUGUUACAAAAUGAAAAUGAACGGAUAGUAUCAAUAAUAAUUAAUUUAACUUGAGUAAUUGACGAGCCAACUUCAGUGGAAUAGUAUUGCUAGUAAUGUAUUUGCUACAUUUUAGUCAACAUUUUUAUCUAAAACUUUUUGAUGAAAAAGUUAUUAUCCAGCAUCAAAGCUCCGUCCUAGGUACUGGACGCCCCCACACACCUUGAUUGCAGAUUUCAUGCAUGAAAAUAAUCGUUUGUGUAAAUAGGCAGAGCUCAAGAGGGGUGCUCGAUAUAACCGGUCCAGUAUAACAAUCUUUUUCUUAAGCAGCUAGGACCAGUUGUAUAAACCUACCUUGUUGUAGUUAAUUAAGUAGUAGUUAACUCUCGAACUGUAGUUAACUUUAACUACUCUUUUUAACAACCGGCCCCAGAACUAUAUGGUGCAUUGCAAGUUAUAUACGUGAACCAUAAAGCUUAUCAAGCAUGGUACAUACUAAUGUUUGAGUUUUUUUCUGUAACGUUUUGAUUGCAGAUAUUAUAUAUUAGGGAUGUGCCGGAUACUGUUUUGCCGGAUACCGGAUUGUAGUCUACCGGAUACGGUCAGGAGAAAAUGAUGACCGGAUACCGGAUAAUAACCGGAUACCGGAUAAUAACCAGAUACUCCCAUACAAUAAUUUAUUAGAAACACAGCAAUUUUAUAGCUUAAUUAACUAGUCCAAUGUGGCAAUGUGUUUAAUACACAUUUUUUGUCUCUUUGACCUAUUUGUCUUUAGUACCAAGGCCAUAUCUUAUGAUUCACCUUACAUUGUUUACUGGUAUUCAGUAUGUAUAUAAAAUUCACUGCUGUUGGCGAACGAGCAGUUCACAUCACCAUCACGAAAAAAAUAUGUCGUAAUUUCGUCGUAAUGCAGCGCACGCUCAGUAAUUGUUCGUGUUUCACAAUUUGUAAACGCCAAGUAAACUUUUCCGUUUCAUGAUUGUAACAAAAUAUCUUACAGUACUAUCCGGUAAAUAUCCGGCAAAUUUAUACCGGAUAGUGCCGGAUGUCUAAAUUUUACCGGAUACCGGUAUCCGGCACAUCUCUAUUAUAUAUUACGUUAUCUUUACUGCCUUACAUUACAUGUGAUAAACGACGUAUUUGCCUCUUUGGAUGCAGUAGUUAUUACAAAAUUUGGUACCUUCUAAUGUUUAUAGCAUUUGCAAAGAGUUUGAAGGAAUAAAGCAACGUGCAUUAAAGGUUCCGGAGGACACGCUUGAGAUGACGGAUAUGAUGAAGUUCAUCAAGGAUGCAAAGACGGCAAGAUUGAUAAAACUAAAUGAGCAGAUAAAGGCAAGUUUGCACGAAUGUUUCAGACAAAUGAUUUAAAAUUUUUACGUUCGUGCUGCAGUUUUUGCUGCAAACUGGCAACGCAAUUGUCUCCAGAAAAAAAAACCAUUGCAGGUUGCAGUGAAGGCCAUGUUACGUCAUGAAGAAAUUUUUGCUGCAACUUGGAACACGAUUUCGGAUACAGAGCCAUGUCAUCCAUAACUAUGCAUAAUCAUUGAUCAUAAAAAUUAAAGCUGAAAUUAAAGCUGUGUGUAAGAGCGUUGGUAUUCAUAAUUCUACCAUGCAGCCAUAGUGACAGGCAAUGUACGAUACAAUGUACAUGCAUGCAUGCAUAUGCAUGAUUACUUUUCGUACAGUAGAUGAUCCUUCUAAUGAGCAUGGACUCUAUAUUUCUAUAGAUCAGUGGCAUGGACAUGUGUUUUUUCUCUUGUAGGAAUCUCAAAGUAGACUUUCAUACCUGCUUGAAUCAUACAGUUUUACCAAGGAAGAUAUCACGUUGAAUUGUACAGUGCUUAAUUGGCCUAAGGAUAUUGGACCUGUCUUUGACCAAAAUGAUGAGGUAUCAUUAACAGACUGUGGUUAUUUCUAUACUUAUACAGGCUUGAUCCUAGGUGUACGCUCGAUUACCAGUCGUUAUGCCGGUUGGUAAUCGGGCCUAUAGCCUAGGUACGUGUAGCUUUGGUCAGGUUACAUGCAGUAUUUGCUUCACUGAUUAUAGUUGACUAGCUUAGCUACGUGUAAUAAGCAUAGACAAGAGCGGGUUCUUGCAAGUUAAUUGAAAAGAGGAGUGCAUGUUUGUCACUGGAUAUACUCUUCCAUAUCACUGCAAUUGGUACUACAUUGUAUAAAAGAUGUCCUGUAUCAUGAUAAUUUCAGUAUGUGCAUAGUCUGGUGAUGCUGCUUUUUAUGCACUGUGAGCUGUUGUGGCUGUGGGCUGUUUCAUGUUUCAAAACAGCUUGAUAGUUUAGUAAUUUGUUUAUCAGAACCUCUAACUCCCAACUCUUCAAUCACCAGCUACAGAGCCUGCCUAUUGAGUUCUGACGUCUCGACUGGUGGAACAUUACACUGUCACUUUUAAACUGCGUUUAAAGAAAAAUAGCAUCCAUGCCUCCUCACAUUUUGUUAUUGUGAACAUGUUUGACCUGAAAUACUGUACAGUAUUUCUAGUCGUCUGAAAUUGUAAUGUUGCUCUGUUAAUGCUGGAAAUUUUAACAUAGAUGUAAUGUUAUAGCAUAUAGCUAUAGUGGUAGAAUUAAACAAAAAUUCGUAGCAAUUGCUUUUAUUUGUUUGUUGAAUGCACAGCGAGUCUUACUCAGCUUAGGUACUGUACUGUGUGUAUUCGGCGUUUUAAAGCUCACAUUCUCUUACAGAUUGUUACAGAAUCUCAAAAGAGAGGAGAAAGUGCUUUGACCGAGAAAAGGGAAAAAGUUAUGCUGGAGCUGGACAAAUUACAGAGGUAUAUGUCCAUAAUAUGAAAUAAUGUUAUAUGGCAAGCAUCACGUCCGGUGAAAUGGCGGACUGUGAUUGGCUGAGAAGCACUUUCAGCGCUCCAUUAUUUUUCCGUACUGGACCGGCCGUUCAUUACGUAAAAACAAACGUAUGCAUUUUAAAACAUUUAAAACAAAACAGCGAAACUAAUUGUAAUUUAAUUUGUUAUUAAUAAAAUAUCUGCGAAUGGUUUUUAGUGGAAAAGAAUUAGGAAUACAUUUGGUAUUUGUCUUCGACCAAAUGUGUACCAUGCUACUAAUAUAUGCAUUUCAAAUCACGCCUUUCUUGUUUGUUUAAAGUAUAAAUGCCUAUAAAUGCCAUAUAAUAAACUUUUUAUUAACCUCACUUGCUUGGUUUGUACAGAGAAAUAUCGGACCUCGGUCUUUUUGUACAAACCUCGCCCUGCGGUCUCGGUCUUUACAAUAAAAGACCAUGGUGCGAUAUUUCUCUGUACAGACCUCGCGUUCGGUUAUAAUAAGAAGUUAUUAGUAACUAGCUUAAUGACCGCGAGAGUGAGGACAGUAAAUAUAUCGAUAGUGAACUACAUAUUAUUGGCCAUGAAUAUUUUUAGACGUGUAGACGAAUUUAGUGAGUAUGGUGAUUUGGACAUGAUGAUGCAAUAUGUGAAAGAUGUUCAAACAGUACAAAGAAAACUGGCGGAUUGCACUGAUUCAAUCACUUUCAUCAAUGAGGUAAUGAACGUGGACGGCUAAAGCCUACUGCUGCAUGUUUUUGCCAGUAAGGUUGCCUGAUACUUACUUUCCGGUAAAUUCGGAGUCAUUAUUUGCGAAAUACCCUACCUUAGGUGUGUCCACAGAGUAGAGACAUACAGAGACGUAACUGACCGUCGUAAACACUGCGGAAGAUUACGUUUUCAUGUACCCACUUUUUUUCAGGCGACCGGGCGAAAAAUGAUCAACUGCGCGUGCUCAGCAAGUUUAAAGUGAGUCGUCAUCAGGUCGUCAUCCAAUCAGAUGCAUGCAUCUAGUAACUUGCCAAGCAUGCGCACAAAAAAGUGGGUACACUAGUUACGUCUCUGUAUGUCUCUACUCUGUGGUGUGUCUCCCAAAUACGACAAAACGGAAACCUUGUUUCUGCAACAAAAAUCACACUUGAGGAACAAAAUGUAUGUUUCUGGGUAUGUUGCAGGCAAUAUGUUUCCUGGGUUCGCCAUGCAGCUAUACUGAUGAAGAGGAUUUUAUUUUCAAUUUUUAUAGGAAGAAGAUCUUUUUAAAUGGGAGCAGACAACAUACCCACAACUGGAUGUAAUCCAACAAAGUAUUGAUCCUUUCAUGAAGUUAUUCUCCACAGUCUUGAAAUGGCAAAGAGCUGAGAAGAAAUGGAUGGAUGGAGAUUUUAUGGAACUCGAACCUGAACUUAUUGAAGCUGAGGUACGAACGUCUCAGUUUUUCAAUAGACCUUUAUAAAAAGGUUGACGUCAGCAAGCUUGUGACGUAGUUUGCGGAGGAAAUCCCGAUAGCUCAGAGUUGUUUAGUUGUUUCGAGUUUUUUAGACGCAAAAAAAGCCAGUAUUAUGAUAAGUUUGAAGUAAAUUUUUCUAUAUAUACUGUAGGCCAAAUGAGUUUUCAUAUUCGUCGUAGUUUAAAUUUGGUUUGUUUUUAUACUAGAUUGUACAUUAUUUUACUGUCAACAUUUAGCAAAUUGUUCGCUCGGUUUGUUUACAUAUUUCGUUGCUAAAAAGUAUACUAUUUUGCUUGUGAUGUUACUCUGAGUCUAUUUCCACACCGGGCAAGCUUGAAAAAUAUGCCUGACCACGGUGGAAAUCGAACCUACGACCUUUGGAAUACUAGCCCAUUGCUCUGUCAACUGAGCUACGCGGUCAGGUCGGUUCGAGUAUGUGAUAUUUCGGAACAGAAUCUAGUUCCUUCGAUAUCGAUGUAAUCUAAUAGUCAUGAUUUUUUCUGUGUUGGUGUAUUGUACUCAGGUGAAUAUGAUGCUUGUGAUGUUACUCUGAGUCUAUUUCCACACCGGGCAAGCUUGAAAAAUAUGCCUGACCACGGUGGGAAUCGAACCUACGACCUUUGGAAUACUAGCCCAAUGCUCUGCCAACUGAGGGUUUCCCACCGUGGUCAGGCAUAUUUUUCAAGCUUGCCCGGUGUGGAAAUAGAUUCAGAGUAACAUCACAAGCAUCAUAUUCACCUGAGUACAAUACACCAACACAGAAAAAUCAGUAUACUAUUUGUUUCUCAAAUUUAUUCAGAAUGGCCCUAUACAAGUUGUAGACAGGCUUACUGAUCGUGCAAAGAGGUACAUAAGUGAAGUUAGUUUCUUUUUUUUGCAACGAAAUAUGUAAACAAACCGAGCAAACAAUUUGCUAAAUGUUGACAGUAAAAUAAUGUACAUUCUAAUAUAAAAACAAAUAAAAUUUAAACUACGAGGAAUAUGAAAACUCAUUUGGCCUAUAUGUGGUUAAACGUAGAUUUAAGCGAAGUUAACGGCAGAUGUAUGUAGCAGCGGGGAGCCCCUGACGUCAUUUAGAACAGUUGCAAUUAUCGCGCAUCCGUCACUUUGCUACAGCUUGGCUAGCCAGCUAAAAUAAAUGCCGUUGAAUAUAGAAAAAUUUACUUCAAACCUACCAUAAUACUGUUGGGUUUUUUUCUUUUAUAAAACUCAAAACAAGUAAACAACUCUGAGCUUUCGGGAUUUCCUCCCCAAACUACGACACAAGCCUGCUGACGUCAACCUUUUUAUAAAGGUCUAUUCCUAAUGGUAUUUUUCUGAAAGACAUUUUGCUAAUUAUGCAUGCUUCCCUUGUGGAAAAAAGUUUAAAGAACUAAGAUUUCCAGCUACAAAAGGUGUUCAUAUGUUGGCAGUAAUUGGUCAGGUUCAUGCAACAGUAACCAUGCUUCAAGAUUCAUUCUUCAUGUAUGGUUAGUUUGCCUGUACACUAUACUUUUUGCCCUGGGACAAAAGUAUUUUAAAUUUUUUUACACUGUCACAGUACAACAGAUAAGUACUUGCGAGUACUUAAAAAUGGGAAAGUCCCCGAAAAUGAGGCCAGACCGUUUUUGCUAAAUACUGUAUAAGUCCUCGAAAUUGAAACAUGGUAAUGUAAUAUUUAUGUAAAACUUUUGUUUUUCGAAUUUAGACUGAAGAGUAUGGUCGUGAAAUGUACAAGAUAUCAAAACUUUUCACGAGUAAAAAGAAGGAAGAGAAAGAUAAGAAAUCCAGAAUACGUGAUUCUAAAGAAGAGGGAAAGACAGAGGAAUCAUCUGCAGUGAAAGUUGUCAGCAAUAUUCGAGAUCAAAUUCUAGAUUUUAAGGUAUAACAAUAUUGUAAUUUCCAUUUGGGUACGUUUGGACAGUGCGGUUCGCGGAGCUUAGAUUUCAAGUUAAUGAGGAAUAUUGUCACACGAUAUUAUCACAGAAUAGAGACUAUACAGAAGCCUGACUUCUUCAUUACCCUAUGAUUUGGUGUAAUCGUAAUUCGUCAUCAAACGCCAUGGUCCUAGCCAGUACGCUUAUGAGAAGCAUUCACCCCCCUGAUAAUAUUCAAAAUGGCGGACUUCCGGGGGAAUAGCCCGCGUGCAGGCCCAAGGGAACUGAUAGUGGGCCUGCAAGCAAGGCCCGGUAUUUUGUAAAAUGCCCCUUUUCAUAACACGCCCCAUUCGCGCGUCAAUUGUCAAAAAAGGACCAAUGACAGCACCCAAAUAUUAACAAACAAACUCGCAUUAAAAUGUUGCGGGGUUUUCUCUGCUUAUUGAGAACAUAAACAAUGUGUAAAUGGCUGCGUUUUAACUCCAAAAAAGCAAGCAACGCAGUCAGUAGUUGCCAAAUUUACAAGUGCUCAUUUUCAACUAAAAUCGGAACAAGCAAAUUAGGACGAAUUUCAACAGAAAACCAGUCUCAAACUUCAAAUCGUGAGGGAAGUCGUGCGACCACAUUAGCAUUUAUAAAUAUGUGUGCUUCGCUGUCGCCAUUGUUAUAAAUAAAUUGUCUCACUUAUCAGAUCAUGUGUGCAAUUCUUGUUGGCGGCGGAAAGUACGAAAUUUAUUUCAGUUAUUUCAUUUGGUAAAGAACUCUACAAAAGAAGAGAGCGUUCAGAGUCCAGAUCGUUUCGUUUCAAACGGCAAUUUAAUACCGUCUUCUGUUAAAUUGCAAAGUGUUUCGAAGGGUCUUCGAAUAGGCUUACAUGCAACUGCAUCUCAACAUCAACCAAAAGAUAAUUUUCUUGAGGAACAUAUAACGCGUAUCAAGUCUGUUUGAAAUUAAUGAAACUCAAGUAAAGAUUACUAUAGUUUACCCCAGUCGUAAUGAGUGCUAUUCCAACACCUCACGACAAGCAAUCCCCAUUGGCAUAACGGUAAACAAUAAAAAGUCUGUUCUUGUUCCAUUUAUAAUCGAAAAAAGUGAUCAAUUUUCGAAUUUUAAGCUUAUCGAGAGCCUUUGUGAUGAAUCACUGACCUAAUUAUAGAAUCCAACAGCAAACAGCCAAUCAGAAUGCCGCGUUCGUGGGCGAACGCGGAAAGUACAAAAUACCGGACCUUGCUUGCAGGCCCACUAUUAGUUCCCUUGGGCCUGCACGCGGGCUACCGGGGGAAUGCCUCUCAUAAGCGCACUGGCUAGUGGCGUGGCAGCGGUUACACUUUUUUUGGCUUAGUCGACCUUCUGUGUGUCUUUAUUCUGUGAUAAUAUUGUCAUCCAGAUGACGUAUUAAGCUUUAUUGAUAAUCGUCUAAAAAUGGACCUGACAAAUCCAAUGUGUAAACGUACAAAUAAAGCGACCAUGCAUAAAGCGACCAUAUCGUCAAGAAAACACUGAAGGCUAAAAAUACUAAAGCUCCAACGUUUUUUCCAUUAUUUUCCAAACGACGAUUGCGAAGGCAAGCAUUGAUGCAUAAAAAUAAAUUACACUUGAGUUAUAAUUUACAAUAAUCAUGUUUUUGUGAGUUUGUGGUUGAGUAUGUGAUAAUGUGAUUAAUCAACCACAAUGGUAGCUAUUAUAUCGGUACGGUAUGUAAUCAUAACCUGAUUUUUCUUGACAGGGGAAUAUUCCAGUGAUUUCAACAUUGUGCAAUCAUGGCAUAAGACCACGACAUUGGAAACAAAUGUCUGAUAUCAUUGGUUUUGAUAUUACUCCGGAUUCUGGCAGUACCUUAAGGAAAUUCUUGAAGUUUAACCUUGGCCCAUGUAUGACGGAAUUUGAAGGCAUUAGCGUUGCUGCCAGUAAGGUAACACAUACUAAAUUGUUGUUUUUCAAAAUGAAGAUAAAUUUGCGUACAUAUUGUGCUGCAAUUAUACAACAAUUUGAUGAUGAAGUACAUUGUAUAUAGUGAACCUCAUAUUUGCGUGGAUUCUACAUGUACACGUACGUGUUGACACUUUUAUUCUACCAAAUCUGAUUUAUUCCAUUGAAACCAUGUACCAUAGCUCGAACAAAAAGAUGAUGUUUUCCAAGAACGCUCUCUUUAAUAAACUUUAUAUUCCCACCCAACCUUGUUUACAGUACAUUAACGGUUAGAGGUAUUUUUGCUUUUCUUAGUUUUCAAAAACAGUUUUGUUAUGAAAAUUUACUAUUGUUGUAAUAGCUCAAUUCAUAUUAGAAGAUUGACUUCCGUCUAAGCCCAGAAACUCGUCCAGAUAUAAAUUCGGUUAACGACGGGUUUUCCGUCUAAUAUUCCCGUCCGAAAGACUGGAAAGUUGGACGAGUUUCUCGUCUUAGACGGGAAACUCGUCUUCAAAUUAUAUCAGACGUAUAAAUCAAGACGGGUUUCAGCUCGUAACGUUGAAAAGAGAUUGGUAUGGAGGGUCUUCAAUUUUUUCUGGUUUAUCCCUCCGACAGUUUUCGUUUUAUAUUCAUACCAGAUGGAAACCCGUCACACGCGUUUCCUGUCUAAAGACGGAAAUCCGUCUUCUAAUAUGAAUUCUUUUUUUUAAUAAACGAACGUAUUUUAAUAAUAGAAAUAUUACAAUUGCCCAAGAGCUUUCAGCUCAUCAAGGGGCUCUUGUUAAAAUAUGAAUUCGGCUGUUUAUGUUAAUCAUGUAUAGGCAUUGUAACACCUGCACUAGGAUAUUUAUGGUUAUGAUGAUUACAAUACUGUUACAUUUUUCAUAUUUUUCGUCUUGCGUGGUACUAAGUAGGCUUCUCUUUGGGUUAUUCCUUAGAUGUGUAAUAGUAUAGCUUACAUAUAUUGAAAAUACAGAAAAAAAUUCAUAUUACAAGAACACAUUGGUAUUGAAGGAACUAGAUACUGUUCCGAAAUAUCACUUACUCGAACCGUCCUGACCGCGUAGCUCAGUUGGAAGAGCAUUGGGCUAGUAUUCGAAAGGUCGUAGGUUCGAAUCCCACCGUGGCCGGGCAUAUUUUUCAAGCUCGCCCGGUGUGGAUAUGCACUCAGAGUAACAUCGCAAACAUAUAUUGAAAAUUGUAGGAAUUUUCACUGGAGAAAGCCAUGCAAAAGAUGGUCGAUGAUUGGGAUGAGAUUGUAUUCAACACAGCACAAUACAGAGAUACAGGAGUUCAUAUCCUGGCAGCCGUUGACGAGAUACAGACUACGUUAGAUGAUCAAAUUGUAAAGACACAAACCAUGAGAGGAUCGCCUUUUAUUAAACCGUUUGAGGCAGAGAUUAAGGUAACCUUCAAUUGUACAAAUAUGUUACAGGCUGCAAAUUAAGAAGUUUUUCUGGCCUAUAGGAUGAAUUUAAAACAUUGUAGGCCAUGCUAGUUUUAACCUACAAAUUUCAUUUUUGACAUACAAAAUGUUUUUUUUCUAACAUUCAAUAUUUUAGUUUUUAUUUUGCUUUCGCUGCCAAAGAAUUUAUCUAAAAGGGAUUCCGAGUGUUCAAUAGUGACUGAAAAGUUGGUCUACAAAUUUUUCUAUAAAAUAAUUGUAAGCCGCUAAUUUUUUGACCGGCCAAACUGCUUUUUCGCAUGACGAUUUAUCAUUUGUAUGCAGCUACUGUUAGGUGAGAGAUCCAGAUUGAUGCCAGUCAUUCACUUUUCAGUUAAGGCGUUUAGACCGCGUACAAUUGUAGUACAGUACCAGCAUGAGUGCAGAAUGAUUUACUGAAAACUCAUGUUAUAAUUAAAUUAAUGAUAGUCAUGUGCAUUUCUGAUGCUUUCUCUCUCAAUUGUGUUCGGCUUAUGACUACUGUGGCUUAUGACUACUGUGAGCUUGCUCGUUCGGCGUCACUUAAAACUCUGCAUGUGGUUGUCGUGAAGAUGCCUUGUGAGAGCAUGUUGUUGUAGUCGUUGUUGUGUACUGUGUAUAGUUAUGUUUGUUUCGCAAUCAUAUGUAACUUUUGUAGUUGAUGUGAUCAACUAUAAAUUUAUUCUCGACUUAAACCGUCGUUGGUUGUGUUUUAGUCUUGGGAGGAGCGAUUAUUGAAAAUGCAAGAAAUUAUUGAUGAAUGGCUCAAGGUAAGUGUAUUCUCGUAACAGUUUGGUGUAUUCGCUCGCAAGUUUAAGAAGAAAGAGAGGUCACUGUCCCCAAUAUCAGUCUAGAUAACAUUUCUCCUUUCCCACGAAUAUAACAAGAAAAUGUUGGAACCUCUUCUAACAUAUCAACAACACCACAGGGGCCAGUUGUUCGAAAGGCGAUUAGCUUAACCCUAGGUUAAUCUAGAAUGCAAAGCAAACUUCCUAACAGCUUGUUUAUAAAUUUGGAAAUAUUUCUUCGGAGAUCUUGUCUGGAUCAGUAGGAGUUUUCUUCUCCAAAGUUUUGAAAUAAACAGACGUACAAAAAUACAUAAACUAAAACAGCGGGUUAAAUUUUAACCCAGGCUUAGCGCUAAUCCAGCUUUGAACAACCAGCGCCAGUAGAUUUGUGAUGGUCACACUGAUUUCAAUAUCACUUUCCAGUCGUUUUAAGAUAAGUAGUGCAGCAUAGCGUUGUAUAUGAUCCAGGUGGAAUGCCUAUUUUUGUACUUAAUCUUUGUACCUUUGUACUAAUGGCUGGAUUUUGGUCAUUAGAAUUAAAACUGCAGUUUGCCCUCUGUUUUGUAACAGCUUCAUCUUUAAUCUCACGUUGCAUAGGGCGCUUUCCAUUAACACGGCCAGACCGGUCAGAACGGUCAAAUUGUUGAAUGGAACAAAAAAAUUUGGGCUUCCGACCUAUCUGACCUGAAAAUUUAGAUAACAUUAGAAUGAGGUCCAUUUUCGCUAGAUAUUUGAAAAACAUAGACCAGAUCUUUCCAUUGAUACAGAGAAAAGAAUUCCGGUCUGACCGGUUAGGCCAUUAAAUGGAAAGCGCCCAUAUUAUUGAACUGAUAAACUUCAUAAAAUAGAUUACCAUGUUGUAAAAAUUCACAGUAAUUCCAAUUUUUUCACCAGCAAAUGCUAGUGCGUUUUUGAACAUUACUCUUCAUUCCUUGUGUUAUCACUUGUUCAUAGGUACAAGCUCAGUGGCUGUAUUUGGAACCAAUCUUUAGUUCUGAAGAUAUCAUGCAACAAAUGCCAGAAGAAGGUCGCAAGUUUCAAACCGUUGAUCGAAAUUGGAAAGACAUCAUGAAAUUUGUUGUGAGGGAUCCAAAAGUAAGUUAUAUCUAUUGGAUACUCGCAACGAAGGUGGCCUGAGCACACCUUCCAAAAAGUAUAUAUCCUUCGUAGUGGUUGAGAAAGACUCGAUCUGUAACAAACGUCUUUGCAACUACAUUGCGUACAAUGAUGAUGAUGAUCAUAAACUUUAUUUAACCACGCUAACGUUGUCAGCUAAAGCUAGUUUCCACAAUGGGCGUGUGUACCUACACACGGCUGCAUGACGUUUGUUGCCUUGCCACCAGUGAUCACAUUACAUAUGCCAAUUGUCUGAUUUAAUUUUGGGACUUCUGUUACGAGCUAUUCUGUUUGACACUGUGUGUUUACCGCCCCUGUCGAGGAGUGUACUGUACCACUCCUGAAUUCCAAGGAGCUACACCAGCAUGAGGAAUUCCAACAUAUUUCAAAUUCACCACUCAACAAUUUUGUUAUUUCUGAAGUUUCAUUCCGUGAAUGUUUUCUUUUUUUUCUUCUACUUGUCUUUUUGUAAUGUCACAUUCAAUAAACGUCGGCAGCUAGGGUAUGAUCACUAUUCCCAUGUUUAUAGCUUUUUUGUGAAUUUUUAACUAAACCAAUAAGUUGCUUUGCACCCUAAUGCCACACGAUUUUACUUGUCAGAGGUAGGCGCUUGUGCUCAAUUGGCUUAAUAAUGGCAUUUUACCCCCCCCCCCCCAACUCUUCGUGUAUAUAACGUUUCUUUUACUAAUUUUAGGUUUUAGCAGCCACGUCGAUGCCGGGAAUGUUUGACCGACUGGCAGACAGCAAUAGUUUGCUCGAUGAAAUUAACAAAGGUCUUAAUGCUUAUUUGGAGAAGAAACGUCUCUUCUUUUCAAGGUGAAUGUGAUUUGCAAUUUUUGUAUUUACAUUGUUCUUGUGUAAAGCCUCUCUCGACUUGGACAUCAGAAACAUCUCAUGUAAACCCUCGCUAGACAGCGCUCAUCAACUCUCAUUCUCGUUUGACUAGAACUUAAUAAUUCAAAUUAAUUUAGAUUUUGCUGACGUUUGCUAACUUCUCAUUUGAAAUAUUUGCCAACCAAAGAAAAAUUAUAGUAUAGUCGCAUGGAAACUCUUCAUUCAUAAUUGCACUGAUUAAAUUUUCACAAUUAAUUUGUUAGUAUGGAUGAGAUGCUUUGUAAUUGUUUCAAAUAAUUCGCCCUGCAGUUGAGUCAAGAUGUACCUGAUGCAUGCGUAAAAUUUUGUAUCAUGAAGUGAAGAAAUGGUCUUUAUUUUAUCAGGUUUUUCUUUCUAUCCAAUGAUGAAAUGCUUGAAAUAUUGUCCGAGACCAAGGAUCCAUAUCGUGUGCAGCCACAUUUGAAGAAGUGUUUUGAAGGAAUGGCGAAACUGCAGUUCAAAGAGAACCUCGAUAUAACACACAUGUUCAGCAGUGAGGGAGAGAAGGUAUGAUCAACUAGAAUCUUAUAUAUCAUGUUGUCUGUCGACUGUAUAAGAUUUGCGCUUUAUAACUGCUACACAAUUAAUAAUUUAUUUUAUUGUUUGAACCGUUGUAUUUUAAAGGUUAUAUAUAAAUAUGAUAAACGAACCUCUCCAAUAUACACCCUCAUUUCGAUAUUAAUUUUAAAAUAAACGCGUGCGGAGAGUUUAUUGGAACAAUUACCAUAUUUACUUUCAUUUCAUUUCGGAAUCAUCCUCAGAGACUGUUUUAUGUUAAUUCUAUGUCAUAUAGAAAUAUUAAUGUUGAAUACAUAUAUUUGUAUCAUGGUAGGUUCCUUUCAGUGAAACUAUUUCAACAUCAGAAGCUCGAGGAGCUGUAGAGAAAUGGCUGUUACAGGUAUAGUCAACCGUGCCUCUGUUCUAUUCAUAUAGGGCUAAAAAAUUAAAUAUCUGGGUUUCGUAUUUCUUCUUGCAAAAAUGUUGGUAGGGUUGGUCUGCUUUUAUUUACCCAGGUAUUUUUUCUUUUCUUCUAGCUAAUUGUUCACGAGAAAUAUAUUUAUUCACUGUCGUAAUUAUAACUUUUUUUUAGGUUCAAGAUGUUAUGCUUAUUAGCAUCAGAGAUAUUAUUGAAAAAUCCGUGCAGGUAAACUUAAGUCUCUGGCUUACAAUAUACUCGAAGAAGCAACUUUUUUCUAUUUUCUAUCAUAUGUUGUAAACUUCUGUUUUUAGGCUUAUGCAAUUGAAGAACGCAGACAUUGGGUAACAGAAUGGCCGGGACAGGUACUAUAUUUGUUAUCAGCUUUCUUUGUGGCCGAACAGUCAGUAAUAAUAAUAAUCGGAUACACUUUCAUCAUGUCACGUUAUCUCCCCUAUUCAUGUUCCUGCAUAAUUAUAGUGUGUAAAUCGAUAUCUUAUCAGACUAUACUGUCUGAUUUUGCUUAACUGUUUUCCUUUGUGGAAAACACGACGUUUGUCCCCGAGCCAAAGGCGCAAAGCGCGUACGCCCGGGCGAAGGUACUAAUACCGCACGGCUGUUUACACCUGGGGAAAGGAAAGCAUUGGCGAAGUCUAAAGUUCACCAGCCGUUCCACACGUUGUAACCAAUAAUCUAUUGGCGUUGUAAAGCCGUUGUAUGCAAUAAAGUAUUGGGUUGUAAUGGGUCUACAAUUACAAUAAGUUAAUAACCCUAAUCCAAACGCUAAUCCUAACCAUAAUCCUAACCCUAAUCCCAACCCUAACUCCAACCCUAACCUCUAACCCUAAAGUUGAUGACCUUCUUUUUAAUAAUCUCAAUUUCAAUGAACCUUUAAAAACGUUUACGUGUUGAAUUUGCCUAUGAAAUACAAAAUAACAUAUACUACUUUAUAUAUUUUAGAAAUUGAUAGUUCUUUAGUUAAAAGUGUUAAACUUUGCACAAAAAAUUAAAAAACCGAAAACAAACAAUAAUCGUUUUGCCGUGGCUCGCAUGACGCGAGCAAGACGAGCCUGCGUUCAGUAUUGACGUAAUUUGGAAUACUUCAUGUUGAAAUAAUGUUUGGAAAAUAAAGGCGAGGGGUUGCUGCAUGCAUGUAUUUGAAUUGGUUAAGUAAUUCUACAUUUUUUAUGAAAUAUGGAAAAUAUACACUUUAUAUAUGAGUUGUACAAUUGUUGUUUUCUAAUAAGUACAGCUUUUCUAAUAAGUUCAAAAAGUUGGAUCUAAUGCUGCAUAAGUUUUCAAUUUUUCCACAAGUUGUAGGGAGCUAUAUAUACUUUAAGCCAGGAUCUUCAUGUGAUUUUCUUCUUAUGUUUAAUAUGUACCUGCAGUGAAUGCACAAUGCAUAGACGGAUUUUCAUAUUUUUUACUGGGGUGGUGCCAGAAAUUUUAGGGGGGUGAGCCGUGAGCAGGUGACUGAAGCAACACAAAGUGUCACCAAACCCCAGUAAGGUCUAUAUUCUAGGGGUGGAGCACUAGAUCCACGAAGGGGAGUCUAGAGAGCAGAAAACAAAAUAUCCCUGGAAAAAUUGGGAAAAAAACAUGAUUUCUAGCUUCGAAAAACAGUUUUUUGAAGUUGUCAUAUCAGUGGAUUUGGCAUGUCCGAUUGUCUGUUGAGACUUGAGAGAGUUAAAGAUAAAUGAACCUGUAAAAGUGUAAACCCAAUAGGCCAAUACACAAUAUGCUUUUACUUUUAUAAAGUCAUUAACAUUGUACGUGUCGUUUGAAUCCGAGUACAAUUUAUGGUGCAACUCUGAUGUAAAUAAUAUUUGGGGCGUAAAGAUUAAAUCUAGGCAAGUCUAUUUCCUAAACGAAUUAAAAACUAAAAAUAAUGUUCGUAAAAAUUCCAAGCGUUCCUUGCAAGCAAGCUAUUUGCAUGACAAGGCACUACAAACUCUAUUCAGGGGAGAUAAUAGAGUUUCAAAACUUUACAAUUGCUCCAAUAAACCAGUGAUUAGUUUCACAGUGUUGCACUGUCUUUUUCUAUUUGAGUGUACUCCUACAUUUAUUUUGUACCAUCAACACUCUGCACGUUGGAGUGGACUAUUUAAUUAUUUUUUAUUAUGCCGAAUAUUGGGGGGGGGGUGUUGAAAUUUUUUUUGGAGGGGUGGACAUUUUGUUUGAGGGGGUUAUAGCUAAUAUUGGGGGGUACCACCCCCUGCACCCCCCCCCCCACAAUGACAUCAUGUAUUUAAAUAUUGGGUUUUAGGUUGUCAUUUGUGUUAGCCAAAUUUAUUGGACUUCAGAAGUUCACGAAGCUAUACGAAGUGGACCAAAUGGCUUGAAGGAGUAUCAUCUGAAGUUGACAAAACAGGUUAGUGUUUUACGUGUAGUCCACACCAGUAAGAUAAGAUUUGAAUGAAAACAAAAUAAAUUAAACUUUACACAUGAGACAAACGAAUUUUCUAUUGCCACACCCCUUUAUAUAUUUGUGGUUAUGCUUGUAUGUACUUAUGUCGAAGCGACAUGAAAAUGACAAUCCUCAAUCUAGUCGCCAAAUAUUCUCGAAAAAACUGUGUUUCAAGUACAAACAGGAAUCAAUGGCGAAUAAAACCCUAUUGGUAUUAUUGUCAGCAAACGUCGUAUUAAAUCUUGCGACAAAACUAUGCCAAAUUCACGUUCUACUGAAAAUUGUAGUAAAAAGUCGUUCUUGAAAAUGCCUAUUUGAAAAGGUACGUGUAAAUAACGCCGAGAGGAUAUUGCAGAUCGGUAGUUAUAGUUUGGUUGGUACUACCAAAUGCCGACCUGGGUUUCAAGGGCUAGAACUGGCCACUUCAGGCAGCAUAUACUGUUUAUACGAUGAGAAACAAAGUGUUUUUUACAACUUCAUAAAUAUACAUAUAUUUUGCUUUUUUUCUUAGCUUGAUGAUAUUGUCAGUCUUGUUCGAGGCAAACUUUCGAAACAAAACAGAACAACUCUUGGAGCAUUGGUAACCAUUGAUGUUCACGCCAGAGACGUAGUCGAGGAUAUGGUAGAGAAAGGUAAAUGGUUUCUUGAAAAAGCACGAUUAAUCAUUAUUUAUUUCGCUUAAUUGUGGGGUGCCCCAUACCGCUGAGUUAAGCUUGCUACUGUAGGUCGAAGGUACAGUAUUUGCUAAGGAUAGAUAUCUUGAAAACACAUGUAAACUCAUGCAAGUACAGUAGAGUUUCAUUGUUCAUGUUUUCCCUCGCUACUCUGGUUUUAAAAAAUGAAUGCAAAGCUUAGUCGAAUUGCAUUCACGACCCAACGUUUCGACACACCAGUCUAGUGUCUUCAUCGGGAAUGAUCUGAAGUCGUAACUUAUUAUAUGCUCAUGGGAUGACGUCAUCUAACAGCCGCAGAAAUACUCUGGUUUUAAUAAAUGAAUGCAAAGCCCUGUCGGAUUGCAUUCACGACCCAACGUUUCGAUAUUUCAGUCUAGUCUUCAUCAGGGGUGACGUGGCUUCUUAGAUGACGUCAUCCCAAGAGCAUAAAAGAAGUCACGUUGCGACUUGAGAUCAUCCCUGAUGAAGACACUAGACUGGUGUGUCGAAACGUUGGGUCGUGAAUGCUAAACCAUAAUGUUGUUUUAUAGGCGUUUCUCGAGAGAAUGAUUUUGAUUGGCUCUCUCAGCUUCGUUAUUACUGGGAGAAAGAUGAUUGCCUUGUGAGGAUUAUUAAUGCCACUGUUAACUAUGGUUAUGAAUAUCUUGGAAAUUCUGGCAGGUAUAAUGAAUUAUUUUCUUAACGGACAUUUGGUGGGCAAAGUAAUUGUUUUAGCUUGUGAUAUAUUAACUAAAAUCGAUGCAAUUUCUUUUUGUAUUUAUUGUAUUUUUAUUUAUUACUUGAAUUUUAACCAAACCAAGUCAAUAAACCACCUGCAUGCAUAAUUCUGUUUAAUUAAAGAUUUAUCAAAUUUCCUGGUCAAAUACCUUUGUUAUAUACAGUACUAUACCAGAUUUUGGUGAAAUACUAAUUUCUUGCUAGAGGUUUGUGGAAAUAAGAUUGUAAAAGUUGUUCCAACACCACUAUUGCUUCAGAAUGUUUUGGGCUUUCGAAUGGUUUAAUUAAUUUGUUUUGUUUGUUUGUUUUUUGUUGGGUUUGGAUGGUUAUAUAAGUCUAACGCCGUUAUGCCAUGCAUCUUCCUUUGUGUAUGGAUUUGGCAGGGCAGGGAAAAAAUAAUUUUCUUCCUGGGAGAACAACCUGGAGACAAAAUUUCCUGCAGACCAGCAGAGUAUUUUUGUGCUACUGUAAAUCGGCAUGUGCAUAAACAUAUAGCGUUCUAGCUGACAAUGGUUUUAAAUUCAAGGAAUAAUGUCUGUCAACCAUACGUUCUUGCGCCCAUAGUGGGACAUGGGUGUUAAAAGGUCUCCUUCAAAUCUUCAAUAGCAAAUCUUCAUUCAAACGAAUUCCCUGCAGCUGUUUAACAUUUCCUGCGAGCAGUGCUCGCUUGGAAUUGUUACUGAAAUUUACAGUAUGCAGUAUAUUGACGAGGCUUCAGCACGCAAUCGUCUGAGAAAGCGACUUCACCACUGAUAUCGUGGGUUCGAUUGUCGCUGCUGGCUGAUAGCACUUAGAAAAAUAGUCAGUCAACGCUCUACCGAACGUCGUGGGUUUUCACCGGGUAUUCUGGUUUACAGGGAAUGUUGACAGGGUGGGUUAGUAUUAGCACCUAACUGACCCUUUCACCGUAGCGUAGCUGUGCUCUUUGAUCAGACAUGAGUCAUAAGGUGGCUGCCAGAGGCGCCCUUAAAAACCCUUCGACUUCAAUGAGGUUGAGCUGCGUUCUUAGAAAUUCUACUUAGCUCUCAGCUUCAAGUAAGGAUGACAAGCACGCCUCGCAAUUACAUACACCUAACUCAGUUACAAGUUAAUUACCGUAUUUUGUCAGAUUGGUAAUCACACCUCUUACUGAUCGUUGCUAUCGAACACUGGUUGGUGCAUUUCAUUUGAACCUUGGUGGAGCGCCUGAGGGUCCUGCUGGGACUGGAAAAACUGAAACUACUAAGGUAAGUAUUGGAAGAACUAAGUUCAUGUUAUUAGCAACGCAUUCCAGCCAUAGGCCGGGAUCAUCAUGAGCACGAACAAAACCCCUGCUGAGGCGUUCACUACGCUGGCGAGGGGUGUAAUUCAAGGAGAUUGAUGAGGCUGAUCGCGAUGUUAAAACCGUAUAUUAGUAGAAUACAAAUUGCACACUUGUUUAUACCAAUUCUUGUUAUUCGUUUAGGAUCUUGCAAAAGCUCUAGCUAUACAAUGUGUUGUCUUCAAUUGCUCAGAUGGCUUAGAUUAUCUUCAAAUGGGAAAGGUAAUGGGAAAGGUCACUACAUUCUUACACGAUAAUACCAAGAUGCGUUAAUUCAAGAUUUUUGUUCGUACUUGACUGGUAUUCCAAUGGUUUUUGCCGCGUACCUGAGCCGGUACAAACGUAAGACUCAAGGUGUACUUAUUUAAGGUAUUUUUUAAUUUGAAAUGAAGUACAUAAAGUACAUUUUUGAAAGGUGUUAAGGUUACAGAACACCUUUGAGUGUUAAUUUUGUCUAAAUUUUUUUUUAUUGGUUUCCAUGAAAGCAUUAGACUAGUUCUACUAUCUGACCAAGUUUGAACGAAAAAUGUUGAAAACUCGCAGAGUUAUUUAAUAAAAUACAUUUCGCUGCAAUAAGAAAAACAUUGAAAAUGUAAUAUUCAAAUUCAAUUUUCUCCCGAAAAAGUUUACGGUAAUUACUGAUUUUCAAACGAGUUGUGCUCCUGCGGGUUUUAACCAAUUUUUCUCAAAUUUUCACAGGACAUAGCUAAAUACGUCAGCUUCAAAAUUGUGUUCGGCUUUUUUUUUAAUUUUAGAUAUUUUAAAAAUAAAGAGCAAUUCACUCAAACGAUUCAGAAAUAUAUUGCAGUCGUCAAAGAAAUCGCCAUAUCAGCGGAAUGACGAAAUAAACAAAAAUUUCCGAACACAAUUUUUUAGAACAACUAUUUUACUGUAUAAAAAUGAUAUUUUCAUAAAUAUAACUUAAAACCAGCAGGAGCACAACUCAAAAGCGUAACGGUACCGCGAUUUAAGAUUUUCCUGAAUAAUUCUUACAUUAUUUUAAUGUUUGUUAAUUUUACAACUUUACCAUAUUUUGCAUGCGCUGGCGACCAUUUGGUGAAAAUUUGAUGAAAAUCGGACUGAUAUUGAGCGCGCAGUAGCGAUUUUCCGCAAAACGCCAAAAAGGGUGUCCUGUAACCUUAAUUCAGUAACCUGAAACUACGAUAUGCAGAAACUACAAUUGUCUCCAACAUGCCUUAGUCCCACCAGUCCAAUCAUGUUUCAUACCAAGACAUGCCAGACUUACACAUAUACUAACUUAAGUAAUACCUUGGGCUUGGGGAGGUCAUAUGGUAGCGGGAAAAGCAAGUACGAGAAUACCGCAUAACUACGUUGUACUUGGCUGGAAAAAAGAAAUACCAGGCCGCAUUAUUGGCGUGCCUCCUGUACGUAAGUACAGUACCUCCUGUACGUGAGUACAGAAUACGCGAUACGCCUGUAUGUAUAAAGGCCGUUUUCCACUUCAAGCGUAACAUACCGACACGUAUCAAAACAAAUUUUAAAUUUCAAAAUUUAGUGAAUAUUGAUUGGUUAAUACUUCCAUAGUGCGUUAAAAAUUUGACUUGCGACGAACUUUUUAUUUCGAUACGCGAAUCAACCGAAAGUACGUAAAUUUGAAAACCCAUCUUCAAGCUACGCAUGCUCACCGGUACGAUACGGGCGAAGUGGAAGACGGGUUUAGCUCCUGUACGUACUUUCUUCGCUUCAUCUAACAGUGUUUCGCUUUUGUUUCUAGUUUUUCAAAGGCUUGGCUUCUUGCGGAGCGUGGGCUUGCUUUGAUGAGUUUAAUAGAAUUGAACUUGAAGUACUUUCUGUUGUGGCUCAACAGGUUGGUCUCUCACGUGACACUUGGAGUAGGAAUAUUUCUAAUGCGUCUUACCAGUGUUUAUAUUUUCCCUAGAUUCUUUGUAUCCAACGUGCCAUAGCCGCUCAUCAAGAUCGCUUCAUAUUUGAAGGAACGGAUUUAAAUUUAAAUUCGAAUUGCUUCGUCGCAAUCACUAUGAAUCCUGGAUAUGCUGGCAGGUCUGAACUACCUGACAACUUGAAGGUACAUUAAAGUACAGCGCUAUAAUACAGCCUCAUCACAGCACGGCACAACACAUGCAGUGCAGUAACAGUGCAGUACAGCACAGGAUAUGAUAGCACAGUACAUCAUACCAAAGUAAAGUACAGCGUAGUGUAGUGUAGCAAAAUUCUACAGGGCAGUUUAGUGCGAUGCUGGAAAAUAUAUGGUAAAGUCUCUCAACAUUUCCCCUAAUGCAAUAACAUAUAGUUAGGAGGAAUCUGAGUUCAACAGACUUCGACAUUCUUCAAUUGGAAUUGUCCCAUUUUUUCGUUGUAUUUUUUCUUUCUAAUAAACAUUGUUAAUAUUCCUGUUUAGGUUCUGUUUCGUACAGUGGCCAUGAUGGUACCAGAUUACGCACUUAUUGGUGAAAUCAUGUUAUAUUCGUAUGGUUUUGUUGAUGCCAGAAAUCUAUCUGUGAAGAUCGUCACCACUUACAAAUUAUGUUCCGAACAGGUUAGUGCGAUACAAUACAAACUAAAAACAAAAUUGGUCACACAGACCUAAAUACAGUAUGCCUUGUAACUCCUGCAUGGUUGCCAAAUACAAGAAUCACAAGGGGUUGCAAAUGAUACAAAUGAUUAUUCGAACUCAACAAAUUAGCAACAAUUUAUUCCAAAAACAAAAGGGCCUUUGUACAAGUCACGCAACGUAUCAUAGUAUCCAAGUAAUAGGUUGCAAAUAGCGAAAACACCAUGUGGGACUUGUAGGUUAAACGUAGAUUGGAUCAACUAUAGAUAGGUAGUUUAAAUUUGUAGGUUUGUACUUUGUAGGUUCGAACUGAAGCACGACUGUAAAACGUAAUGAACUAUUAUUACAGUAGGAUAAGCGUUUCAAACCUACAGCCAUAGCAGCAAUAGGUCAUGCUAUGCAAAUUCUUAAUGAUUUGAAUUAUUCAAACCUUUAGAAAUGUAUUGUCUUUAACCUAUUCACAUGCAGGUUUAUUAACAUAGCAUGACCAGGUUGGGGAGCUAGGGGAUUAAAGCCCCCCAACUUUGAAAAAGUAGACCAAAAAGGAGGCUGAGGCAGGCCGUCCAAAGAUAAGGUUUAUUAUGUAUUAAAUAUUCAUAAUUCCCUUGUUACGUUGCUUGAAACAGCUGUUGUAGGAGGUUAAAUCAAGGUUUCUGCGGGUCAAAUUGCCCCUCAGAACGCAUCAAAUACCGUUUCAGACAGUAUUAGUAUAUUUUUAAAUUUUCCUGGGGAGCAUGCCCCGGACGUUCUAGAGUCUGUUUAGCCCUCGCCCCCCCAUCCCCCCCCACCCCCCCGCCUCUCCCUACCAAACCAAUCUUUCGCCGUCUAUGUGUUGUUAGAGUACCUUAUAGCAAGAUGUCAAUGAUGAGUUAUAUAACAAGAUGUCAAUAGUGGAUUAUAUAGCAAGAUGUCAAUGAUGAGUUAUAUAACAAGAUGUCAAUAAUGGAUUAUAUACAGUAGCAAAAAGUCAAUAGAUUAUACAGUAUAGCAAGAUGUGAAUAAAAGGGAUUUCUGUUUUAUUGUUUAGCUCUCUUCUCAAUUCCAUUAUGAUUAUGGUAUGCGUGCCGUGAAAGCAGUGUUAGCAGCAGCUGGUAACCUAAAGCUCAAGUUUCCAAAUGAAAAUGAAAAUGUUUUGUUACUGCGUUCUAUUAUUGAUGUCAAUUUGCCCAAGUUCUUGUCACACGAUAUUCCGUUGUUUCAAGGAAUUAUUUCAGAUCUAUUUCCUGGAAUUGAACUCCCCAAAGCUGAUUAUGGCCUAUUUCUUGACACUGUUGCUGAGGUAACUCGUUUUUUUUUUAUGUUGUCUGGCAAAUGAAAAUGUUUUGCUAUAGAGAAACAGUCUGAAAAUUACUGCCGACAAUAAUUUUCAGUAUACUCGAUAUCUGUAUGGGCAAGUUACGUGUCUUACAUUAAGCAGAAACUUCGUCAACAUAGUCAGUUCGACGGAUUUGGUAUUACCGCCCUCUUUGAAAAUUGUAUUCACACCCGGAAAUAUCAUCAAUGCCAUCAUAUUUGCAUGGCUCCGUGUAUAUACAUCUCAUUUCAAUGUAGCGUACUGUAUGACUAUUUUUGUAGUAUUUUCAUGCAGUAUACUCCUGUUAUAUACAUUAAGUAUGCCUCUAGCAAACCCUAAAACAAUAUAAGAAAUACUUCGCAUUUUUUAGGUUUGCGAAAAAGAGAAUCUGCAAACGGUUAACUUUUUCACGGAGAAAUUAAUCCAGACAUACGAAAUGAUGGUGGUUCGCCACGGGUAAGCAUACCGUUUAUCUUUUCUUCGUUUUAAAGAUCGUGGAAAUCUGGCGUGAAGACCUGAAACUUAGAAACAGAUUUUUUUUUAAUAUAUGAGGGCGAGUUAUUAGGAAAUCGUAGAAUAUCUAACAAGUCCUUAAAAACAAGAAAUCAUGUCGAGACUUGCAGUUUGCCGUAUACAUGCAUAGCACACGGAACUAGUAAAUGCCGUAACCUUGGAUCAGUAUCUGAGACCUUGUAGCUAAUUGGUUAGAGCAUCUGUCCGGUUAUCAGAAAGCUACGUGGUUUGAUUCCCAUGCAUUAGGGCUCAGAACUCAGGUUUUUCUGAGAUAUUAGUGAGCUUAGGCAAGCGACGUUUUUGUCAACACGGGCGUCACCCGAAAAUUGGUUUAACUAAUUUUGGCGGCAUUUUGCAUCCUAGCGCUCGUGUAAGGAAGCAAAAACCGUUAAAUAUCGUAUGUUUGGUCAUAUGUGUUGAAGAUUAUCACAAACAAACUGAUAACCUCGGAAUCUGACGUCCGUGUUGACAAAAACGUCGCUUGCUUAAGCUCGCUAUUAACUUGAUUCACAUGCAUCUACACCAAAAUCAAACAUUAAACCUAUAUUAUGCCAUUAUAAUGUUACACACUAUUUUAUAUAUGCUGGUUCAUCAACUCUUCCUUUUCGAUACUUUCCCUGCCAGCCCCGAUAGGUUGCCUCCACGCUAAUCGAUUUUACGAAACUGCUCAAAAUCGAUGGGCGUGGAGGGAAGGUGUUGGGGCCUGCAUGGGAAGUAUCGAAAAAGGAAGGGCUGAUGAACCAGCACGAGGACACUUCAUUAGAAACAAUUCAGGAAAUCCAAAUUCCUGUGAGUAGUGCAUCCGAGUCGAAAAGUCCGACUCAAAACAGUAAAACACCUCACCUAGUCAUCAUCGAUCAUCGAUGGACACCAUAGAAGAAAUAGGACCAGCACAUACUGCUUUAUGUGUAAGUUUAUCGAGCUAUUCUAACCUUUCUGUAGUUUUAUGUUGGUUGGAGAUCCCUUUGCUGGAAAGACCAAAGUCUUAAAUGUCCUGGCCCAAACGUUGUCUCUUAUGACAGAGCGAGGGCAUGGGGAUGAAAAUAUUAACAAGGUAAUGACUAAAGGGAAUAAUUAGAGUUAAUUUAAAUGUUGGAUAUAAUAUUGCAAAUGAGAAAAUAAUUUAAUGAUUACCAGAUGAAUUGUCAUGUCCGAGAAGUGCUGGCUUUAAUUAGUCUUUCUCACGAAGGCUAAAAUCUGCCAUUUUUGGGGUACUAUCUGCCCUCGUGAAAGAUUCUAGACAAUUCAAACAACGUGAAAGGCGACUUUUAAAAGUUGUAACUGUAAAUUUACCAUUAUACAAACAACUAUAACACUUAAAAGUCGCAUUUCGUGGUGCGGAGACUCUCAAACGUGGGAUAGCCAGUACCCCAAAAAUGGCGGGAAAAUCGGCUGUGAGAAAGGCUUAUUGAAGCCAACAACAAGGAUUUAAUAUUCGAGAUUAUUAAAUGACAUGAAUGAUUUCUUUACUCUACAAGAUUGGAUUUUACCAGUCCUAAGACUUGAUCAAUGCUCAGUCAUUUCCAGGAUUAGGUCAAAUUUCAGCAUGUGUGUGUGCGUUAGUACUUGAUCAUGUCAUAGAUUUCCACAUUCGCAAGCGAAAUUUGACAAAAUACCCAAAGAUUGACCUUGGAAAAACACUAUUAUAAAAAUUCUGUAUUAAAGUGUUGAAACUGCAAAUAAAUCCUCAUUCCGUUGAGCAAUAAACAAAAUCGACCCCAUUUCAAAAUCGACCUCAUCUCCCCGCGAUUUAUGCUGAAUACAGAUUUAUGAUGGUGUAUGACGUGAUUAUGCAUUGUUUAUUUCAGGUGUGGACCCGAGUUAUCAAUCCAAAGUCCAUAACAAUGGGACAGUUGUUUGGUCAAUUUGAUCCUGUCUCACACGAGGUAAUAAACGGUUAAUACCCUUGUUAACGUGUUACAACUUUUGUUAACAUUUAUUAAUAACGAGAUCUCGACAGUAAAUAUUGCUUCUUCAAUAAUUUCUUGGGGUUUCUUCAAUUAAGAACUGAAAACAUUUUGAAUAUAGGAGACUGAAAGAAUUAACACUUAGUGACCAGGACAGAGGGAAACAGUAUGUUUUGUGGACCCGAAAUGUCCACAAAAUAGAUUUUUUCCGAAAGUCACAAUCUAUAUUUAUUAUAUACCAAGCGUCAAAGAAAGCAAAAAAAAAAGUUAUUAUUCACCGGUGAAUAAAAGUAAUGUCCACCGCUCAGAGCUGUUGCCAGGAGACGCUCUCGUCCAUUGAGAUGCAAGAAAACAUGAACUUUGACACUUGGUAUAUAAUAAUUAAAUUUAUUAGUAAACAUGUAUAUAAUAAUUAAUUUUAUUAGUCAACGGUGUUUCGAAGAAUGUUAUCAAAGUAUAAUCGUGUAAUCAAGAUGAAUGAGUCACGAACUUACUGUAUUAUACUAGUUUGAUUAGUAUCCGCCUGUAGAAACGGAUAAACCCAUGAUCUAUAUUUGCUUGCAGUGGACAGAUGGUGUUGUAGCGAACACGUUCCGAGAGUAUGCAUCAGAUCAAUCAGACAUUCGCAAGUGGGUUAUCUUUGAUGGACCAAUUGAUACCUUAUGGAUUGAAAGCAUGAACACUGUACUAGAUGACAAUAAAAAGGUAUAUAGUGGAUUAUGUGAAUUUCUUUUUUAAUUCUCACCUCUCAAAAAUUGUUGGCUUAUUGAGCUGCAUCAUAUUAAGUCAUAAAUUCCUUUUUUGAUAUUUCUCGAAAACUGUUGUUAAUGCUGCAUCAUACUGGAUCAUAUUAAGUUUUGUUAUUAAUUUACAUGUAUAUCUCGAAAACUGUUGCUAAUACUGCAUCGUGCAUCUUCUUUGAUUUAGUUAUGCUUGAUGAGUGGUGAAAUCAUUCAGUUAUCAAAUGUGAUGAGCCUCAUUUUCGAGUGUCGUGAUUUAUCCCAAGCAUCGGUAAGCGCGCGAAGAAAUUAUUUUGAUAAGUCGGGUUUUAUAUCAGACGAUCACAGGGUGUUAGCCAGAAGAAAAAAUCGCCAAUUUAAUGAAGUUCGAAAAUUCAGUCGCUUAUUGGGAGAAAAUGUCUCCUAUUUGGAGACAUUUUUACUCUGGUUGCUUAAUAAGUGGCAUUCUCGCGGGCUAGUGCAAGGCGCUGAUUGGUUGAGUUAAAUUGAAAUCUUUGGAGCUUUGAAGCUGGACGAUUCUCUUUCGUUCUUAGUAAUUUUAAUUAUUUUUCCUAAUUAUAAUGUUAUUUUUCGCAGGCCUAAUUUGGGAAAUUGCUAUAGCUAAACGUAUAAUUGGGAAAACGACAUACAGUAUAACACUGACUUUUUACUGUAGCUAACACCCUGGAUCAAUGCUUAGUAAUUCUGAACUACAGUAACUGCAAUGGCAAGCAUAGCAGCAAGCGAACAACUUUUAAUAUUGAAUUUAUUUUCAUAAAAUUUGUUUUAUCUCAGAGACAACGAUCAUGGCGAAUAUUCACGUAGCUUUUGCUACGGUAUAAUAGUUAUGAAAGUCUGGAUUAAACAAUAAUUCUGUCAUUUCUUCACGAUAAUUUUCCGUCGAAGUAGAAAUCCUGUAUAAUAAUGUAUUUUUGUACCAUCGAAAAAGUUCGGUGAACUUUGGAAACUUGUUGUGGUUAAUCGGCUUCUCUUAACUUGUAACAAUUAUUGUAUAAACUUCUUUGUUUGUAGACAAACAGUAGUCAACUGAAUGUUCUUAGGACAAGAAUAUAUGUUUCUAUAACCAACACUUUCUUUUUUAGCCUGCGACUGUAAGCCGUUGUGGUAUGAUUUACCUCGAACCAGCAGCGUUGGGCUGGGACCCAAUAUUGAAAUCAUGGCUCAAUACACUACCUGAAUCGUACGGCAAAGAUUUUAGUAAGCUUGUGGAUGCACUCUUUCAAUGGAUUGUUCCUCCCUGUCUGACAUUUGUCAGAAAACAGUGCAAGGUACGGGAUAGAAACGUUGUAAUAAACGUUGUAAUAAUCUUCAAAUUUGACUUUGUUUGGGGCAAACUUGUCCUUCACACAUUUAGAUGCAGCUAACACGUGAAGUUGUGAGAAAACAAAAGUAAAUACCUGAAUUUGAAAAGAAUUUGAAAUUUGCGAUAUUUGAGGGAAAAGUGCCUGGAAAUGCAAUUUCGUAGCACGCCUCUGCGAAAUGGAUUUUCUCUGUAUCAAUGCAAAGUACUGUGGAUGCUCAGUUACCGAUUGAAGUUCCCAAGAAAAGUCUUCGCCAGUUUGCGAAAAACGGCAGCUUAAAAAUAUCGCUGACGUCAGCCAAAUAUAUAGAAAUGUCGCCAAAUAGCUUACCAUUAGUACUCACAGUUUUCGAAAUGUUAUACUUCGAGUACAAGACGUGAUUGACUGAUAAGAAGAAUAGUCUAGAUGAAGUUUGAAAACCCCUAACAAUGUAUAACUACAGUAUGUAAGGUUGUAGUGACCUUAGGCAUGUUUCGUUUCUUCCCAACAAGGAAGGUUUUCUAUAAGCAAACAGGGCACUAAAUUGCCAAGUGAGGAGUUUCUUGAGAUUUCUUCCACACAUGCACUGUGUCAAAAGAUUACUGUACCUUUUUAAUUGUUGUAGGAAUAUCUUCCAACAUCAGACAGUAAUCUCACUCACUCACUGAUGAACCUUGUGGAAAUCAUGAUGAAACUUGCUACGGAGAAGGAAAUAGAUAGUAAACAUUUAAAACUCUGGCUGGUUGUAAGUAUUACAAGGAAGUUGUAUUUAUUUAACCGUAUCAUGUAUCUGUAAUAGUUGAUGUAAAUAUAAAAGUUGAAGCGAUAAAUCCUCGUCUCGUGCUUGGAGUAUAAAUAAGAACAGUAGUUGAAUAAGGAUUUACUGAGAAAAGCACGUUUCUUGACGUUCUAAACAAUAUGUUCAUGAGAUUCGGGUGGGAAAACCAUAAUUUCCUUUCUUUGAGCGAGUAGAUAGCAACAUUGGCACACUUCUUAGUUAGAAACUGGCUGAGGAAAAAGAUUGCAAAGAAGUUGUAGUUGGCCUGACGACGAGCAGUCAAACUGCUCGAAACAUAGCUAAUUAAAUAAAAUAUUAACCUUCAGAAUCGGAAUUCUUGAAUUUAGUUUACAAAAUAAAUGUUUAUAAUGAACGAAGGUGAAAGUUUUAGAAGAAGAAUUGAAAAAGAUUGCGUUCGCCCCUGCUUCGAGCGCAAAACCUUUCCAUACGAGGCAGUCGUACAUUGCAGAAAUCUCCACCACCUUGUACCACUGACGUUGAACUUUCAGAAUGGAACUCUACCAUUGUUUAAUUUAAAUUCUAUCUUUUAUCAUUUUGUAUAGCACAUUAACUUUUACACCUUUUUGGAAGGCUUUCUUUUAAUAAUUUUUUAAAAUUAUUUAAAAAAUAUAUGUUCAUGAGAAAAAUGGAUAGUUUUUGUCGAACAAAAACCGCCUGCAGCAAAAUCAUUGUUUUCUUUCUUUCUUUUUUGGUAAUUUUCAGAAUUCCUUCCUUUUCUCGCUGGUGUGGUCAAUUGGUGCAAGCGUCGAUACAGACAGUCGUCCAAAGUUCGAUUCAUUUUUACGCGAAUUGUUGACUGGCAAAGAUGAGAAACAUCCUAUUCCUACUUCCAUUGGAAAGGUUGAUAACGCUUUUCCAACUGAUGGCCUGGUUUAUGACUUUUUAUUCGAGGUAAAUAUAAACGCCAGAUUAUUCUAUUCCUGCCAGAGGGUGGUUAGUUGCAUUUUUAACUCCUCCUGGUUACGUCCAAUAAAUGUAUAAAAAUUCCACUCGAAAAUACCAUCUGCAAAUCCCUUCAACAAAUAAUUUACAAAGGCCUGUUUUCAACAUACUGUACUCCAUGCUUUAUUAUUAUCAUCUUUAUUAGGGCCAACUAAUCAUAUUUUACAAAGAAAACAUAUAAAAUAUUCAAUCAAACUACAAAUAGAAUAUAGACCCUAAAUGGGCAAGGUAGAAACGGGACUCGAAGAACCAUGCAAGAUACCUUCCCAAACUUUACUAAAACUAUUUUAUAUAGCAUUCAAAAACUCAUUAAUAAUUUAUGAACCAAUUAUCUAAUCUUGAGUAAGAAAUUAGUCACGUGCAUACAUCUUUAUACCAGCUAAAGAACACUUUAACAAAAGACCAUUGUUAUGCAAACUAUACAAAGAUUUUUAUAUAAAGAUUUUUAUAUAAAGAUUUGACUUAUUAUGCGUACGUUUUUGAAGCCAUUUAAAAAACUCGCAGGUCGUGUUUUAUUAGGUCUAAACCUAAUGAAACACUCCCUUUAAACCUAAUGAAACACUCCUGCUCGUUUUUUAAAUAGUACUUACACGCACAACUUUACACACACCUAGUACACCACAAUUUACGUCCUAUGACACGAACAGUCACGAAACAAGGACCACGUACAUGACAGGUCAACAUCAUAAAUAAAAUCAACAAUACUCGAGUAUCUACGUUUAACUAAACACUUAUAGAACUAGGACUAUAGACACUGUGUCCAAACAUACAUCUUUACAUACAAUGUUCCACAGUUUGACGACACGAUUAUAGUACGAUGCUAGUACACAAUCACGUACUCUUUGUCUAGUUUAGCGAUCGUGAGUGGAACGGAGUUUACUUGAGCAUGCAAUCUUGCACCACCAUAUUCAGAUACACUAUAUUCGAGCUGUUGUCAAACAUAAUAUGAAUUGUGGACAUUUAUCCGAGGUCUUUGAUUCUGUUUAGGCUAAAGGUCGUGGAAAUUGGAUUCACUGGACUAAAACUAUUAAGUCGAGCAAUCUUGGUGGCAAAGGAACAAAAAUCAGCGAGAUCAUUGUUCCUACUAUGGACACAGCCCGAUAUAAAUUUCUCAUAGACAUUCUAAUCAGACACAACAAGCCAGUAAUGUUGGUUGGACCUACAGGCACGGGCAAAAGUGUGUAUAUUAAAGAUAAACUCAUGAAUGAACUGGAUAAGAAUGCAUUUAUUCCUGCAUUCCUUAACUUCUCUGCGCAAACGAGUGCUGGUCAGACACAGGUUUGUCCCAAUUCUUAUACAUUAAUGUAUUUCUUAUACAUUAUAUUGUACCGGGUGGCCCAAAAAAAAGUACUCCUGUUUGAUUCGUAAUAACUUCUAAACAAGUAAAGUUUUUAAAGAGAAAUAACUUGCAUUAAAUAGAGGAAGUACUAACUUAGAUUUUGAUAUAUUACAGUUGUAUUUAACUUAAAAAUUCACGGAUAUAUUAAUGUUAAAAAUGGGGAGCAUAUUUUGGAAUGUGUCUAAAAUUAGCGAAAAUCUGCAUAUCAAAUAUUAACUCCAGCGUUUGUUUGCUUAAUGACAUAUUAGGCUAACUUGUAUUUCAGCGAAUUAUCGUUAAGGUUUGUAAGGGAUAUGGCGUAGAUUUAGACAUCUUACAUGUAAGUCUUAGCUCAUUGUUUCCUGAAAUAUGAACGUUCGAAAUUAUGCAAGUAUUUAAUAUUAGGUCUUUGCAAACUUAAAUGUACAUGAAAGACUGACCAUGGAAGGCAGGCGCUUAAAUUUUUCGUAUUCUUAAAUAGCCUAAUUUUUUUAUGUUUUUAAUGGGUUCAAACAGACUGAGUAGAUUAUUUCUCGGUUAGAGCAGGAUGAAUAUUCUUUAUUGAAGGAAAUAAUAUUGCUUUUUGCAAAUACACAUCACCGUAUCAACGCUACUAUUUUGUUACGUUUUGUUCCAAAAAUGUUGCAUGUCUCUGGGGAGUUGCUUAAUUGUUAUGUCUUAUGGAGUUGUAUGGUUUGAUUGUGUUUCAUAUAAUUCUCAGUUUACUCCAUGAACUUGCCAAGAUUAAGAAACGGCAAAAGAGUUUGGGUGUUCUUAACAAGAUUUCAGAACGUUGCAGAAGCUAGAAGAGCUUCACAAUUCCGUUGUGACAGCAUGCCCUAAUUCAGAACUACGAACGAUCCAAUGACGAUCCUUCGCGAUGCAGUGGUCUCAUGAAAUAAGGAAACGUAUUCGUGCUAGGAACACACGCGAAUUUCGGACGAAUGAAUCUUCCUUGUAUUUUGUAGAUAUAAUAAUACUUUGUUUCAUAAUAAACAAUUUGUCAAGUGUCAUUUAUUUACUGGUAAUAGUGCAUGUUUCAGUCGGGCAAAUCUUGAUUAAUAUUUGAUACGCCGAUUUUUGCAUAUUUCAGACACAUCCAGAAAUAUCCUCCCGAAUUUAAAGAUUAAUAUCUCCGUGAAUUUUUAAGUGAAAUACGACUGUAAUAUAUCAAAGUCUAAGUUAGUCCUUCCUCUAUUUGAUGCAAGUUAUUUCUCUUUAAAAGCUAUACUUGUUUAGAUGUUAUUACGAAUCAAACAGGAGUACUUUUUUUUGGGCCACCCGGUAUAAUUCUUAUACAUCAAUAUAUUCUUCCAUGGAAGCUUAUAUCGAUAUUUUUUUUUAAAACAAACGAACAGUUACUGGACAGGAUUUAUUAAGAGGCUUUUUUCCAUCACACGUGUUUGCGAUGAAAAGUUUGCGUAUACCUCUACAAAUCACGCAAUUUGUCCCACAAAAAAUCCCCCACCCUGUCUUGUGGUAUUAUUACUUUGUUAAUUGGCUUUAAUACAAUUAGAUUCAGAUUUUUAUAGUAGGUUGAAUAACUUGUUCAAAAUUAUUGGAAUUUAAUACUCCUAUAGGAGCGUUUUUGAGAAAUGGCCUGCACCAAUAUUUCAUUUCAUGUAAAAAAGUGUAAAAUUGAGGCAUAAACCCUGAAGGGAGAGGGAGCUGCCCUAAAUUUGCUGUGUUCUGUCAUUUUUUGUCCAAAAGCAAGAAAUUUGUGGCAUUUUCUAUUCCCUGUCAUGGUGUCUGCCCUGUUUUUACAUUAAAUGAAAUCAUGUCACUUUAACGGUUAAAAUUAAAAAUACCAUUCAGGGCGUCCCAGAAAUGUCACCUCCCCCACUCCAUUUUAUUGUAUUACCACGUCAGCUUUAAUGUAAGAUCCAAAUUUUUGUGCUACUGUAUAUUUAAUAACAACAUAACAUAAUUUAUCAUGUCAAACCAUUGAUACUUGGGUGAUCAAUAUAACCAUUUGCAUUCCCAGAAUCAUUUACCAGAAAUGUCCUUAUUAUCGCGUUAAGUGGCAAUAAACGUAUGAAUUUAAUGAAACCGGUUUGCUAUUGCCAAUGUUAUGAACAUGUUGUGUAUUUACGUGACAUGUUGUGUUGCAUUUAGGAUAUCAUAAUGUCUAAACUUGACAAAAGAAGAAAAGGUGUUUUUGGACCUUCACUCGGAAAAAA